GCCUGGACAGGUGGGGGUUAAAGGGGGCCCAGCAUCACAUUUGUGCCUGAAGCCCUCAACAAAUGAAUCUCACAGUAGGUCUGACAUGUGCACUGCACUCUGCGCUGGUGCCACCUUUCAACCAGUAGAGGGUGAUCCUCACUCACAACACAGUUUUUGCCCCUAAUAAUGUUUCCACAGGCCCCUGACCUACAACCUGACCAUAGUCCCCCUUAAAGAACAAGCAAACCUUCUCCUAGCAGGAAAAGGUGUUAUAACAAUAUUAUCACUGGAUUGCAACCGCAAGGAGGAAAAUUUGGACACAUAACUGAUUGACAUCCCAUUGGCUACAAUCAUCUGGAGAUAUUGUGCCUGAUGGAAACACAUACUGAAACCAGCACUCUAGUGAUGAGGCCAAAGGUCAAGAGAUAUUCUGACCUUUGAUAGAGCUGGCAUCAGGUUUCUCAGUGUAAGUUUGGGUCGUCCAGCCGUGUUUAAAGACAGGUGGUUUCUCUGGUGUCGCCGUUUGUCUGAAUCAUUAAUGCCAUGCGUCCUUCGUGCUCUUCACAUGGUGGGCUGCUCCAAUUAUACUUCAUGCUUGUAUUCCUCUGUGUACAAGUACAUGUGUACGUGACCGCAGCGCCAUCGUCACAGGUAGAUGUGAGAAUGUUCCAGCCAUCACGUGCAUGGGAAUCUGGUCUGAACCAGUGAAGAGCUCACACAGGCAUAGAUGCAUCCCCACAUCCACACACUGUCCACCAGGACGAGGAGGGUGUCUUUUUCUGUUGGUGUCACAUUUCAACUCCUCCCUGCUCUGACUCCUAUAAAACCCCAGUGUUCACAGCAGCUCAUUUAAGUUUGCUCACCUCCACCCGAGGGGACUUCACUGUCAGCCAGGGCAGGACCGCCACACCUGGCGCCACCAGCCGCAACGCCUGCAUCGCCACUGGUCUCUGCAAACUGAAAAACAACAUGGCUCCUUUUGAAAAAUCUAUGGAGAUGUUGCCUUUCAAGCAGAGGAAAUGUCUCGCAACAAGAAAAGAUGAAGUGUGCAGUAUUCGGUCUAAAUUCCCCAAUAAGCUGCCAGUCAUUGUUGAACGUUACAUCCGUGAAAAGACUCUCCCCCUGUUGGACAAAACAAAGUUCUUGGUUCCCUUCGAGUUCACCUUGGGUCAGUUCCUCUGCCUGCUCAGGAAUAAGAUUGCUCUGGACUCCACCCAGGCUCUGUUUCUACUGGUGGCGGAGAAGAGCAUGUCGUGCAUGUCCUCCAGCAUGGGCGAGAUUUACUCCCGUUACAGCGACGCUGACGGCUUCCUCUACAUCACCUAUGCCUCACAGGAGAUGUUCGGAGCACCUCAACCAGUAGACGGGUCUCCCCACUGAGACCAAAGCACAUCAGAUAAUCUGAGCCCAGACCAAUAGCUGACACCACACAACCAAACUGGAAAAGACAGACAAACCAAUCCAAGCUGAGACUGUUUGUGCCCAGUUUUUAGCCCCAAACUGUAUGUCAGCCUACCUCAUGAACAUUUCUGGACUUUUAAACAGCACCCCACCCCCAUCCUCUUUUCAUUGUGCUCGCACUCUGAUGUGGACAAGGCUCCCUGAUGACAUUUUGGACUGAGUGACUUGAUGAACUGAUCAUGUUAUGAGAUGUUAGAAGAAAAAGUAGAAGCCAACACAGAAUUAGUUUUUUUUAAAUUAGGGAAAUGGCCAAGAAGAUGUAACAAACUGAGUGCUGUUCUCACCCUCUCAUUUUUCCUGUGCUCCAACAAUGUGAAGACAGUAUUGUGAUUAUAUUAUUGUGCAUUACCAGGUAAAAAAUCUAAAUAGUCCUUUGGCCUCUAUGACAAACAAACCUGUUUUCAGCUGAUGUUGUUGCAGUUCAGUAAAAACCUUCACACUUCACAAAUCUUGCUGGUAGUAAGACUGAAUUUGUAGCACUUACCUCCACUUCCUCCUUUCCUUUCUUUGCCUCUUCUUCCCUCAAAAAUGUGAAAUUGUGCACCAGGAUCUUGAGACACUCAGUGAAGACAUGGAUGUAGAUUUUAUGUUGCCCUGAUUUUUUCUGUAUCCAGCUGUCAG